AUGACGUCUGAUGCUUACCAAAACUGUGAGGAGUUAUACACGGAGUACAAAUAUGAGCUGAGGGAAAGAAUUGCUGUUCUUGAAGGAAAAGCGGAUGGCUGUAAACAAAAACAGUCUGGUCAGAGUGUCACUGCGAAAGAACAGAGUUUGAAGUUGCCCAAAAUAUCCAUACCUUCGUUCUCAGGAAAGUACGCCGAAUGGACAAGUUUCAAAGACCUAUUUGUAUCUUUAGUGGACAAUAACAAGGCACUAGAGGACGGAUCUCAAGCAUCACUCAUCACGGAAUCUGCCGUACAACUUCUCGGGCUAAAGAAAGUACAACACAAAAGUUGUAUCAUGGGAUUGGGAAGUGAACAGGAUCACUCUAUUGCCUCCAAAGCGAGGGUUUCUCUUCAGAUCCAGUCACUUCACAAUAACUUUAGUUGUAGCAUUCAAGCAUUUGUGCUGCCCAAGCUCACCUCAGUUCUCCCUGAAAAAAAGGUCGUGAUUGAGUUAUGGUCCGAGUUUGCAGAUAUUACUUUGGCAGAUCCGUCGUUUGGGAAUCCAAAUAAAAUUGAUUUGCUCCUCGGAGCAGACGUAUACGGCCAGAUUUUAAUGGAAGGUAUAAUCAAGGGUCCACCCGGUGCACCAGUUGCCCAAAAUACCAAACUGGGUUGGAUUCUAUCUGGACCUAUACAAACAUCCAAGUCGUCAGCCAGUACCAUCAGGUGCAAUCACGUUCACUACAGCAAUGACAACGAUUUCCUGAAGAAGUUUUGGGAGUUGGAGUCAGAUCCAGUAGUUGCUGAUGCUAAACCUGCAUUCAGUGAAGAAGAAGAAAGAUGUGAACAGAUAUUUACAGCAACUACCAAAAGAGACAGAGCUGGGCGCUAUAUUGUUAGUUUACCAUUCAAAACCGAAGAUCCUCGUUGUAAAGAUGGCGAUACAAAAGCUAUAGCCCAAAAAAGAUUUCAUCAGCUUGAGAAGAGACUCGCCAACGAUAGUAAUCUGAAACAACAGUACACGAAUGUUAUAAACGAAUACCUCGAAUUGGGACACAUGGAGAUCAUACCCGAAGAUCAGCGUAAUAAACCAGAAGUUGUUUACUUACCUCACCAUCCUGUAGUACGGGAGGACAAAGAUACCACCAAACUCCGUGUUGUCUUCGAUGCUUCGUCGCGUGGGUCCAAUGGCGUGUCGUUGAACGACGACUUAUUGGUUGGUCCAACUCUUCAAAAUGAUCUACGUCAUAUCAUCAUGCGUUGGCGUGAUUAUCCUAUCUGCUUAGUAGCAGAUAUCGUCAAGAUGUAUCGACAGAUACUUGUAGAUCACAAAGACGUCGACUUCCAACGCCUUCUGUGGCGUAAACAUCCCAAUGAAGAAAUUCAACAUCUAAGAUUAUUGCGGGUUACCUUCGGCACAGCUUCGGCGCCAUACUUGGCAGUUCGAAGUCUACAUCAACUGGCAUAUGACGAUGGUAAAGAUUAUCCGUUGGCUACUGGAAGAGUUCUAAAGGAAUUCUACAUGGAUGAUCUAAUGACGGGUUGCAAAUCUGUAGAAGAAGGAAGACAAAUUUAUACAGAACUGACAGAAUUAAUGAAGGGAGGAGGAUUAGAACUUCAAAAAUGGAGUAGUAAUAAUGAGGAAUUAUUAAAAGAAAUAAACAUGGAAGAUCAAACAAUCAAAGGGAAACUAAAACUAGAUACGGUGAUGAAAAUACUGGGACUUACCUGGAACCGACGAACCGACGAGUUUGAGUACGCAGUGCAGCUUCCACCCCUGAAGACACCUGUAACUAAAAGAAGAGUGUUAUCGGAUAUAUCACGGUUGUUUGAUCCUCUUGGAUGGUUAGCGCCAAUCCUGGACAGUGGUCACAUGUAUCGACGAAAGAUAAUCCUGCAGAUUGCGCGUCCCGUGGGUCAAAAGAUCUUGAAGGUGAAACACUAUGGAGAGAAGGUCCAUCCUGGCUGA